AUAUAUACGAAUCAUCUUCCUCUUUCUCUUGAUCAACCCAAAAGUUCUAAAGCUUAGCAAAAUAAAAAUCAAUUUCGUUUCAUACUUUUAUUUUCUUCUCCUCCAACAUGGUCGAUUUAGAUUGUAAAGCCAAGAUGCCGAGCAAAUCUCCGAAACUGUCAAACAAGCUUCAUGUUUCUAUUCCGACGGCUUUUCCUGGCGCUACGAAAUCACCUGUUUCUUGCUCCGAUUCGACUUGUUCUGCUUACGAGCAGUAUCUUCGUCUUGCGGAGCUUAAAAAUAUAUGCUGUUCAAGGGAAUUUCCAAACUGGAAAAACGAAGCCGUUUUGAAACCCGCUUUACAAGCUUCGGAGAUCUCGUUUCGGUUCAUUUCAAUUGUUUUAUCUGAUCCAAGGCCCUAUGCGAACCGACGCGAGUUCAAGCGGCGGCUGGAGUCUCUAGCAACCUCUCAGAUUCAGCUCAUAGCUAAUUUAUGUGAGGAGGAAGACGGCUCGGCUCCAUUAGUUGACUUGACCACGACCGACGGCGUUUUGGCUCGCAACGGGAGCUCCGCAGAGGUGUGGAAGCUUCCAGACGGAGGGUCAAGCUUCGUGAACAGAGCGAGCGAACACAGCUUGCUUCCGCGUCUCGCCACGUGGCAGAAAUCCAAGGACGUAGCGGAGAAGAUUAUGUACACCAUCGAGUGCGAGAUGAGACGGUGUCUUUACACUCUAGGUGUUGGAGAGCCGAACCUGGCCGGAAAGCCGAACCUCGAUUACGACGCCGUUUGCAAACCGAACGAACUCCACGCUCUAAAAAAGAACCCGUAUUAUCACGUUAUAGACAAUCAAGAGAACCAAACGGUAUACACGACGCACCAGAUUCUAGAGGCAUGGAUUUUCACAGCACAGGAGCUCCUAAAACGCAUCGUUUUAAGGAUCGAAAACAAAGAAUUUGAACAAGCAUCGAACGACUGUUAUUUACUCGAAAGAAUUUGGAAACUAUUAGCGGAAAUCGAGGACCUCCACUUGUUAAUGGACCCGAGCGACUUCUUAAGACUCAAAAACCAGUUAUCAAUCAAAUCGGUGUCCGAAUCCGACCCGUUUUGUUUCAGAUCACGUGGAUUAGUCGAGAUCACGAGACAUUCUAAGGAUUUGAAGCACAAGGUGCCGUUAAUUUUGGGAGUGGAGGUUGACCCCAGCGGCGGCCCCAGGGUUCAGGAGGCGGCGAUGAGUUUAUACAGUGGGCAGAAAGAUAGCGUGAAGAUUCAUUUGCUUCAAGCUUUACAGGCCGUGGAGGCGGCGCUGAAGAGGUUCUUUUACGCGUACAAGCAGGUGCUGGUGGUGGUUAUGGGUAGUUUGGAGGCGAAAGCAAACCGAGCGGUGGUGAGUGAGGAAUCGUGUGACUCGCUGAGUCAGAUAUUUCUGGAGCCGACUUAUUAUCCGAGUUUGGAUGCGGCAAAGACCUUCUUGGGAGAGUUUUGGAGUCAUGAAAAGAAACAGUGAGAGUUGAAUGGAUUUGACACACUUUACAAAAUUAUUCUUUUGUAAAAUAUAUGUCGAAAGAAUUUUGAGGGAUUUGUAGCUGUAAAAUAUGUUGAUAUCAAUUGAAUGUUGAUUUACAUAAUCCUAAAAUAAAAUGAAUGAAAAUUCU